UAACACUUCCAAACACUCCACCCAAACACGCCCUUAAAUUCUUGCCAAGUGAUGUGAUUGUGUGAAAGCCGCCGCCGCCUCUAUUGUUACUCAUUGCUCCUCCACUAUACGGCAGCCGCCACCAUGAACACCGCCACGAGGGCGCCAGCACUCCACUACCUUCGGCAGUUCCAAAUAUCAUCAGCAUUCUGUUCCCACCGGCGACUCCACUUCGUGUCCCUUCAGACUCAACCUCACUAUUUCCCACUAAAGCACCAAAAUCUUAGCGUUGUACAGCCAGUUUAUGCACUUAAAGGCAAUCACCCAGCGGGUUACACCAUUAACACUGGGGAUUCAUUUGAUCCAAAACUUCGAGCUGUGCUUGAACUCGCCACAGAUUCUGAGUUAUAUGAACUUGAAAGAAUUCUGUUUGGACCAAGUUAUUGGAGUCCCUUGUUGAAGUCAAUAACAAAUAGAGAGUACAAUGGUUUUGCUAUGCUCGAAGAUGACUUCAAUGAGAGGGAAGAAUUUAUUUCUAUGCUUGAGUCUAGAUUUCUAUACCUUGCCGCCGAUGCUCAGUCUACAUUGAGGGGCCGUAGGCCAUCAUACAGGGAUGCAUUGCUUAAUGUCAGGAAAAAGUUAAAUGUACGCUGUUCAGCCAAAAUAUCUGUUGAAGACUUGGAAGCAGAGAUUUUUCUUCAUCUAUUGCACGAAUACUCGAGUUCAACUAAACUGGUAAAAACUGCCAAUGAGAAUGCGAGUCUAGAAUUUGGGCUCAGUCAAGGGAUGUUUCAGGCUGAAGCUGCUCUAAAAGGAGGUCAGGGACAACUUGGAACAAUGAUACUAAAGGGUGGCGGGAUGCUAACGUUGGGGAGAAUCUACAACUUGCUGGUUAAGAGAUUAUUUGGAAAAUGUAUGAUGGAAGUUGCCAAAUAUGGGGUGCAGAAGGAAAUCCUCCAAAAGGGUGGACGAUUGGCAGCACUUAACCUAGAGUCAAGAAUGGCCUUUUUUGCUGCAAAAGAGAGUGUUAAAGAAGCUGCUGCUAGUUAUUUGGGCCUGAGGAGCAUGGGUACAUUUCUUGGCCCACUGCUGUGGGGAACAUUUAUAGCAGACAUUUUUAUUCAAAUGAUUGGAACUGAUUAUGCUAGAAUUCUCCGGGCUAUUUUUGCUUUUGCACAGAUUCGAAUUAUCCGGACGCACAAGUGUUGAAGCUUUUUGAGAGAGAGAGAGGAAGUGAGUUCGCAUGAGUUUCUAAAAUGUCAAUCGUCAUCACAUGGAUGUAGCUAGCUGCUGCUGGAUGUGUGCUUUCGGGGUUGGCUGCUAGUAUAUAUGAAAGGGUCGUUCUCUAAUUUCCAAAGUUUUGAGUCGGGGGUUUUCUUUAUCAUUCGACUUUAGGAUAGUUGGUUCAUUUAUUGUUUCUUUGUAUUUUUAUACAUUUCGGAGACUACUGAAAAUUUUUAAUCUCCAAAUCAGAGCUUUUACGUUACCUUCAAAGCACUAAAAGAACUAAGCUAAAUAAUCUUGUAUGUUAAAAAUCAAUACCACCAUCUUCAAUAAUGCUCUAAUU